CUUGCUUUACGGCCGACCCCAGCGGUUUGCGGUAGGGAGACGGAGGUGCGGUGCAAGGCUUUUGGGCGCGGUUCGACUUGAGCGCGACUCGCGUCCCGAGCCGGCCACUUGCAGGGCCCGCGUCAUGGAGCCAGAACAGCUGCUGGAGGGACAGACGCCGGUUUCAGAAAAUCCUCACUCCGAGUAUGGCCUCACUGAAAACGUCGAGCGAAUAGUGGAAAAUGAGAAGAUUAAUGCAGAAAAGUCAUCAAAACAGAAGGUGGACCUUCAAUCAUUGCCAACUCGUGCCUACUUGGAUCAGACUGUUGUACCUAUUUUAUUACAGGGACUUGCUGUGCUUGCAAAAGAAAGACCUCCAAAUCCCAUCGAAUUUCUAGCAUCGUAUCUUUUAAAAAACAAGUCACAAUUUGAGGAUCGAAACUAAUUUUGGGAAAAGAAUAAAAUAAUUUGGUUGUUACUGUAGAUACGUAUGAUUAAGAGGCAGUUCAUAUUGCCAUGAUUCCUUUUUUUUCUUUUGAAAGUAUAUGAAUCUUCAGGACCACAGAUCUUGUUUCAGUAACUCCAGAAGGGAACAUAUUUCCCUUAUUCUUAUUUAAUGAACAUACUUAUUUAAUGAGCAUAUUCUUUGUUUUUAUUUUUUCACAUUGUCUUAAAAUCAACCUUCAGAAUAAAUUGCUAAAAAUUUGA